UGAUUGCCCAAUAAAAACAUAGGAAAACCUUGGAGGUACAGGUAGAGGUACCAGAAGUAGCAUCGUGGAACAAGCCUUGUUUUCCCACCACUGUAGUUGAGCGGUUACCCGUGACGGGCAAUUUGUAGUUUUAGAACAAGAACAUGAUCGUGUUGCAUGCGGAUCAUGAAGAUCAAGUGGCUUUUACCUGUGUUCCCAAGACUAUGAAAAGCAUGAAGUAGCCUCGUGAAGAUGUAUUGAUGAGCCGGAGAACAAUAGAUACAUGAUCGGAGCAGGCUCCUAUUUAAUUGUAAUUAUAUUACUUCUUGAUCUUGGGCUCUCAUCAGCAUCACAAGAUGAACAUGAGGUGACGUCGUUUGGCCAGUGUUAUUAAUCUUAAUAAGGACAGUCGAAGAUAAGUAGAUCAAGAUGCAGAGGCCCCCUUCAUUCCAGUUCCAGUUCUUUGCGCAACCGCGCGCCUCGGCAUCUACAAGCGGUGACAGCCAGGCUGAUGGUGGAACUGCUGUUCCAAAACCGCGAGGAGGAGGAGGAGGAGGUGCGUCACUUUCGCCAGGCGAUGAAGCAGCUCCCACGGAUGAAUUGUCUUGUUUAGGAGGAGCCGGAGGCGGCCUGAGAAAUGCAUCAACGACGAUGCAUCGCCGAUCCAAUCCCGACCUACUCCUACAGCAUGAUCCUCGUGGCGGAACAAGUGGAGGUUCCCUAGUCGUGGUUCCUCAGUUAGCGACUCUAUGCAUACCACGGAUGCAGCUCCUGGGUGGAGGUGCCGCCUCAUCUCGAGGCAUGCUGGCCGACUCACCGAAUGUGCCCGCUAACAAUGUCGUGGGAGGUCAAGGUCAACAUCUUCAACAGCGUGAUUCAUUGAUCCCAAAUUUUGGCCUCGGAUCGUCUCCUGCUGUGCAGCCAUUAAAAACACUCCAACAACCAGGCGCUGGCUGUUCAUCCUUGUUGUCGCCAGGAAGAAGAAUCCUUGGUCCUUCUAGUGGAGGUGGUGAAGACGCUGGAUCUAACGCAAGCUCUAACGCGACUCUUGUGCUUGCUCCGCAGGACCAUCAUCCACGGUCUUCUGCUUCAUGUAGUAAAGGGAUGACCACCACUUCCACUGGUCCCGCUUCCGGUGCAACAUCCAACUAUAAAAACCAGGGCGCUGCUAAUUUUAAUUCUAGUGCCUCUGGUGCGUUGACCUCAAGCUCAACCUCGACAGUACCAGCAUUGAUGAACAACGAUAAUAUGCGGUCCACAAGAACGACAACGACUUCAAGCUGUGUGACAGCAUCGAUUGCCACUAGUCGUGGUAGCAAAACUCCAGCCAGCACUUCCUGUCGGACGCCAACAGCAUCAGCGGAGGACGUCGAAGACGGAGAAGAACUCAUUGUGGAUGCGUCCACUGCUGUACCCCAGAAAUUGACGGGUGGAAGCUCAGAGUGUGGCAUGGGAUCGUCCCAGAGUCGCGUACCGAUUCAAAACCAGGCCUUAGAUCGACACCCCUUCAGCCCAGAACCGAAACCCGCAGGAGGUCAACAAGGUCAAGCCAAGAACAUGAUUGAUUUUGACUCUUCAUCUUGCGUAUCCUCUUCAGCAUCGAGUUCUUUUAGUAGUAGACCACUUCAAGUCCAGCGGGCCCAGGCGUCCUCGUCGUUUUCCAAAGCUGUCAAAAGGGCAUCACAACUUGAUCAUCAUGUAGGAGGAGGAGCUGGAGGAUCUUCAUCUUCGUCAAUGUUGAGAUUCUUCUCAAAUAAGGGAACGCCAACUACAGCAUCGACGCCUUCAACAUCUUCUUCAUCCACAGUCUCACUUGGGCCGACCACGUGUGCCGGCGGCCAACCUCGCGGAGGAGGAGGGCAGCAGAAGAUCCAACUAGGACAGAACAACGCUCCAUUUUUGCUGGGUGUCCGCUGCAUUUCACCCGCUCCAGCGCGUGGUCCCAGGACGAUGACGCCAUGCAUUGCGUCGACACGUGGCUUUUCCCUGGAUCCUCGAGGUAGAGCGAGCGAACGCGUCGGUGGGAGGUCGUCCUCCAGACAACAUCAUCAGGGGCCGCGCGGAUGGAGCGUCGAGAGGCCCGCCAUAUCAUCGAUCCCAUCUUCCGUAGCUGCAGGAGCGGGGAUGAUAACUCCAGGUUGUUCGUCAUCAUCUGCAUCUUCUGUGUCGACAGCGAUAGGAAGAGACGCGGACGCAACAACCGCUAGCUCAGCAUUUUCCGGAGCUGGAGGAAGUAAAAGUGUGAAGUUGAAAAAUAACGCUUACUUUUUUCGUGCGGGUGGAGGUGGAGCAACUCCAUCUGGCGCCACAGGAGGCGAUGGAGUAUCUUCAACUCCUACCUGCUCUGCUCUAGGUGUCGGAUUCUUAGGGUCGCGGUUGGGCGGCGCCAGUACUGCCUCCACAUUGCUAUCUUCUUCAGGAGGAGAAAGUGGAGGUGUAACCACAGGAUCUGGAUCAGCAUCAGGAUCUACUUCUUCGUCCUCGUCCACGGCGCGAAAGAUCAACUAUAAUAAUACCAAGAAGAUGACAUCUACCUCGAGGACCUCGUUCGGUGGCUCGCCGUCGGAUCUACCUCCAGAGACGCCAAAGCAGACUGGAAUCGGAGGCACUGACAUUAAGCUUCUCGUAGAUGGUGCGUCGCCUUUGAUAUUUGCUUCGCCCGUGGCAUUCGGGGAACCAGGCUCCCAACUGGCGGGAGGCUGUAGCAGUCGCCGAGCAAACAGCGUGUCAGAACGGCUAGUUUCUUCUCGCUCAUCUCCGCUACAGCAGCUCGGUGGACCUUUUUUAGAGGUAGGCGAUGCAUUCGAGAUGCGUGAACAAGCUAAUAACGGAGGGGAUCCAGCAGAUGGUCGUUGUGAAUUUCUUGAUGGACGAGAGCAUCAACAGGGCAGCAGCCAGGCUGGUCUGAGAACGAGUUGGGCGAUGAAGUUCAAUCGUCUUGGAAUCAAUUCGAAUGCAGCGACAGGUUCUACUAACUACUUACAAUGAUGUACUAUGUAUUUUAUUUGAAGUAGACGAGGCAGAGAAACAAGAGAUGAUUACUUAUUACCAGCUCGUCGCUGACUUUGCUUAGUCACAAGCAGGUCACUCAUCGAAGGAGAGCACGGCGGCUCCAGUUUCUUCCGUCUCUUCCUCGCCUUCCUACUAUCGUGCGUCAGGGACCUCCACUGCCCUUUCACCGUCUUGCGUAGUCGAAUCGACGUCGUGUUCUUCCUCAAAGGGUUCUUGCCGUGGCGAUAUCAGGGAUCUUCAACACGGAUACAGUGGGCACGCGGCCGAUGUGCCCGACGAGCUUGACGAGCGAUUGCGAGACGAAGAGCCUGUUAGGCCUGCUUUCGAUCAACAUGUGCGCCGCUCCCAGCGGAGCAGCGGCCGCGCCUCGGCAAGAGACGCAGCAACACCCGACCGCGCAUCGCGCAGCACCCACGACAAGAGCGGUAGUGGAAAGUCAAAAAAAGUAACGAAAAAGUCGAAACAUAAGAAGGACCAUCUAGGAAGUGGUAGAACAAGCGAUGCGAAGACAGACACAGACUCACUAUCAGGAGUCGUAUCAGCAGCCGGAGCAGGCGCCGGCGGAGGUAGGAUGAUAAAACUUUUUUUUUUUUCGAUGUCAUUCUUUUAGCGGUUAGAGAAUACUUUGGUCCUCGCACUAAUAGGACUAAGAAAUUGUCCAUGUGCGUAGAAGGCUAUCCAUAUUUUACAUUUACUCGGUACCUCCUGAUGUAAAUCCCCGCGUCUGCUUCGCACUCUCCUAUCCCAUACAGUGCAUUUGCAUUAUGCACUAAAAAAGUAUGCAUCAUCAUGAAGAAGAAGAGGGUUAAUGGGAUUCCGAUCUCGUUUCUCAGGUAUUUCUGCUAUGAAAGACACUCUGCCUAACUCGACGUGCACCGACUUUCCAAGACGUCCACCGCCGAUGGACCGCGUAUUUUUUCCUUUUUUCGAGUACUAGGUAGAAGUGCAACACUCUUAUCGUACUCUUUGGUGAUGGUAGUGAUCUUCUUGGUAAAUACUUGAUGAAAAUUGUGCUGCCCUGUGUGUUGCUCGUAAUUUUCAUCAUGAUCAUGAUCGGAUUCGGAUUCGGAUGUAUUAGUGGUAUGCUGUUCCUUCAGACAACUUACUCGGACCCAUGAUCAACAACUACAACCUCUUCAACUUUUUCAACAGAAACCUGGUGCCCCUCUCGUCGACGCUAGCCAACAAGGAAUGUCUUCAGCCUCUACUUCGUCCUUUAGUGGCCGUAAAGUAGAUAAUCGACGAGCGGGACGUCCUGGUAGCGGGAGCGCGCAUGAUCUCGAUAUCUCUUCUAGAAGCAACAAAUGGAUACCUACCUCUGUCAACGAUCAUAGGAAUACGACCUCAGAAACGAGUAGAACGACGAGUCGCAGAAGGCGUUCUAUGGAAGAGCUCAGCCAUAAGAUGUUUUCGACAGAGGCCCCUGCUGCACUUCAAGACGUGAUGCGAACUCUAGAUGCCAAUGUGAAGGCAAGGUUUCAGCAGAUCCUUUCAUCCCACAGUUUGAAUGACACGACCAGUUUUGAGGGGGUGGACUUCUUUGACUUUGGCUCCAACUAUAACUCCAGCAUGAGAAAAACGGGCCCUCACCGAGAAAACCACAAGCAUGAUGCUGAUGUUGCCGAAGGCGCGGCCGCGGUUACCGACGAUGUCUUCUUGCGAAAUUAUUUUGUGCAAAGCCACAGGUUCCAAAUGCAUUUGUGCAGCUUGCUGGACAGCAAGCUGAACGAACUCGCACAGCUGCAGGCGUGCAUCGCUAGGAGUGAGCAUGAUGGGACAAAGGCUGCAUCAAGCUGUAGGAUUAGGACCACGAGUAAGCAUCCUCCUGUGCUGAACGCGUCGAGCCAAGGUGGAGGUGCUCUCGAUCGGCGUGCUGAUAUCCUGCAACCCGGCACAGAAGCAAAUAAGAGGUUGGACGGAGCGAGUCGUGGUUCUCAGCAAGCAGGAGGAAAGAUUUUCCUUGACGAUUUGCGGCGAAAGCGUCAGGGGUCUCCAUCCUGUGUGACAACAGCUGCGACUCGCGUCUCUACAACUGGUGAGAGCUGCCAAGGACACCAGAUGAAAGACGGUUCAAUAUCAUCUCAGAAUUUUCUAGAACGUACCUCUACUUCGCCCACAAGUUCUUCUUGCAGCACGUCAGCAUGCGGUUCCUCGUUUGCAUCAGCAACAGGUACUUGCAGCGCGUCUUCUGCCUCUGCCAGUCGUACUGAUUUGACAGCACCAGGCCGACCGCGUCCAGAGACUACAGGCAGUGCCUCAAGCAGGCCCUCUGCAAGCAGCACGAAAACUCGCGGCAAGCCUCCUACGAGACGCCCAGGGGAGCCAGCAAAAGCAGGGCCUCAGGCUCAGCCUGCUCCGCGAUCACGAGUGGCGGCAGCCGCACGGCUGUUUGGGGGUCAAGUGAAGCCGCCGCCUUCGUCACCAGUCCUAGAGCAUGAUGCCAAUGAUUCCCCAUUGAGCCCGAUGUCGUCGGUAUCUACUUUUGAGUAAGUUGGAAUUGUAUGCUGAUAAUGUUUAACAAUAUUGAGUUAUGGUCAUCGUCCAGACCCAAUUCGAAUACUGAAUGUUGUAUCCAUCCUCCGAGAUUUUUCCUUGGGGCCCCGUCCCAAAGGUGACACGAAAAAGAAAUAUCACAUAGGCUAGGGGACACAACAUGACAUGAAAACUGUUGUAUUAUAAUGUAGCAAACAAGUCCAACAAUUCAAAGAAAAGACUUUUGGAGUUUUUCAUGAUUUAUUCUUUGCUUUCUUCAGGCUUUUCUUUUUGAGCGCGGAGAAAGCGACCCCACUAGGCCAUUGCAGAAGGAACAUGAAGACGAAAAUGGUGCCAAGGACGAACAAGGACAAGAUCAGGAGUACCGACAUGAUCCUUUGACCCCACCCGCCGUUCCUCCCGGCCGAAUACGUGUCGCCACUAAGGCGAAGUGGGUACCUAUAGAACAGUUGACACGCGAAGACUUGGAAAAUUCACGUGACAACGUUGCACGUGACCUGUUGCGUUCUGCACCCUCAACGCCACACUCCACACCUUCUCUCACGCCAGACUUUAGCAGGGACGACAUUAUCAUGGACCAGCAUAAUCAAAAUCAUUCACAUCUUCAUCAUGGCGGGGCGGCAAAAAGAGCAGGAGGAGCCGUUUCCUCGUUAUCAAGUAAACCGCUGGGGCCAGGGCCCGGACCUCCCGACAGAGUGGGAGGACGUGGCUCGGGCGCAACAGGUACAGCUACAACCAGCAGCAAUUUCGCGGCUCGAACAGGAGAAGGGCAUGGCCAUGGCGCUCGCGUUCCCACAAACAAUAUUAAUAGACGGAACUACAACUACAACAGACUGAAGAAUAGAACGACAGGAGGGGCCCCUGGUUGCAACAAUAUUUCAUCAUCUUCGUUUUCAGCUAGCCUGAUGGAUGGUACUGAUCCUUGUGCCUCCUCUAUGACGAACUUCGCAGACAUUAACAACAUCAACAGCGAGGACAAGGUGAAUCUGAACACGAAUACCGGGUCUCAACAAAAAGGUCAUCAAGGGCGAGGAGUGCCAAUGCUACCAUCAAGCAUACGAACAGAAGAUAUGUCGGAAAAGGACUUGUUGGAUCUCACUCAACCGCUGCCUUCACCCAAAAGGUAUUCACCACCGCCCAGACGCAAGUCAUUGCGUCCCACUUUACGCCAGCUCGAAAAUGAGUCAUCAGCAGGUACUUCACUUAGAACUCUUUUGGAUUUUGGAAUUCGCAACUUCAAGAAAAGUACUUUCUGCAACUUUUUGUACAGAACAACAACCCGCAGAAAAAUAAGGGAAACAACGUGAUGCGCCCGCAUUAUGGUCACGUAGUUGAUGUAGAAUCAAGAAAGUGGAGGCAUAUCGAUAUCGUAGGUAUCUUCUUGAUCAUGUGUACAAUUGUCGUGGAGAGCACAUCAGUAUCAUUCUCAUGCCGUACCAACUCAGGUGGUGCCGACUGCCUCUGCCCGCAAGAGUUUCCGUCCGGUCAUUCCGAGGAUGAAAGUAGUGAAAACGAGAGACGUCCAGCAUGGCCGGGGGAUGCAGAAGAUGCUAUGAAAGCAAAUAGCGCUUCCGAAUCCGAUCAUCAUGUGCAAGAUGUGCAAAACCAAGAAGACCUCAAUCAAGGAAGGUUUUGUAGUUCAGGCAUCACGACCACAGGUAGCAGGAUGGGAGGUACCUUAGACGAGCAAGUCGACCAAUUUCACGAGACGGACACGACGCAAGGCCAAGCAUCUUCAAUCACAGACAGGACAAAGAGCCUGCAGCAGCAAGUUGAGCUUGAGGCGACUAAAGCAAACAUGUUGAUGAGCACACAUGAUCAGGAAAACGAGGCAUUGGGUGCUAUGGGAGAGCCUUGUGAGAUGGAACGAGGUAACAUCCCAGCUCCUGGCGAGCUAUCGAUCGCAGUCCGAGAUACCAUGCUCUACAUGUUGGAAGAACAAGAGUUGCAGGGCUACCGCGUGAAACUUACAGUUCCGGAGAACGUAACACCUGGAACGCUGUUGCGUUUCGAGUUCGGCGGCCGAUCGCAUGAAGUAACUGCGCCCCCCGAUGCGCAAGCUGGUGAGGAAAUACUCUACCGCGUGCCCAAGAGGCCCGCACUGGAGAAAAAUGCCGCCUACGCCGCCGUUCGACAGCGCUACGGCUGUACUUCUAGCACCGGGGGACAAGGCGGGGGAUCUGGAGGAGAAAAUGGAAACGGCGUUGAAAGUGCAAAUUUGGGCGAAGACCAGCAUGGGGGGCCUCUUCACUGUGUUAUCCCUGAUAGGAGAAACGUGUGCGACCAGGUGCGCAUGCCUGCCAACUUUCACCGCGAAACACAUUGUCGUGCCUUCUCUGCGCUUGUUGCUCACCGGAAUCGACUUCAAGACGAAAGAGCGUCGCUUUCGCCUCGAAUGAACAUCAACGAAAGACGCUCGAUUUCUUCGAAUCCUUGGAAUAUGCUGACCAAAAAAACGCUAGAUAAUAGGAUGCAAGUCGGAGCAGGGAAGAAACGAUGGAGUCUUUUACUCAAAGGCGGCGCUCCUUCACAAGCAGUCCCUGGAUCAGGUUGUAUCCGUGGUGCUCCAGCAACCUCGUCUCUAGCGCCUUUUUACAAGAACUUUGCAGCCACCAGCACCACCUCCGCAGCGGCAGAAGAGGAACUACCACACCAGGAACUACAACACCAGGAGUUUCUUGAUGACCUCCUCGAUGCACAAUUCCUUCUAGAUCCGCCAGAUAAGGACGCAAUAGCCGCCGCAGAAAAUCUGUUGCAAGACCCACUUUUUCUUCAGCGUCAAGAUCUCUACAAGUGGCUACGCGGAAGAAACAUGGACCCGCUGUUGCCUUUUACGCCAGAAGAAACGGAAGACCAAGUACUAGCAGAGGAAGCCGAGAACUGAAGAAGCAUCUACAGACUAUCAACUACCCAUCCGCUAUCCGCCGUGACCCUAGACUGACUGCCACGCUAGUGUUUAUUUAACAUUUGGAAAAAUACAAAUAGUACGUUCUUGAGCAAGAAUAAGAAGAACGAUGUGAAGCUGAAGUAGCUCUAGCGGUAUUGCAGUGCUACAUUGGGGAGCCGUGGUGAUGUUUUGUUUCUUUGUGCAUUUUAUUCAAGCUUCUGUUUUAUUUUCGUAAGUAUCCGUUCCCGGCCGUGCUUAACCUUAAGCUUAACACCUGAAACCAAUAUUACACACAAGACCUGUUCAUUGGUAUUGCUAUUCAGGCAUAUUAACUACAACUUCUAGGGUUCUGACUCCGCGUCAGAGAAAGCGACUUGCAAGAGCUGCAGAGUUGCUGCCUUACCCGCGGGCCUGGAGAUGAAAUACAAACCCCCGCAGUCGACUUUUAUCCGAACAAUCAUAUUGAUCAUAAUGGGUUAAAAGGGACUAUUUAUUGCGUAGAAAUACUAUUACAACUAUCACAACUUCUUUUUUGAUUCUUAUUUGAGGGACUGGGAAAGAAUAAAAAAUUAUUUUGCAUUUGCCGGAGACUCACUAUGAUUAUGUUUUUAUUGUUCUAUAACUUCAACUAUAUCUUCUAUUGCAUUUGCUUUUUCACCAAUUGCUCGGAUAAGUUCUUGCUUUCUAGUCUUCACACUUUCCUCCAUCAAACAACUACAUCUACUUAAGGCUCAACUUUCAAUGGUCAUUGGGGUCGGUCACUGAGAUCGAAGAGGCGACCCCUUGAGAGAACAGGGGAAAACGAAGGGAAAGGGGAGAGCCUUGAAGGGGGUCCCUUCCGUUCAGAGUCAGUGACCAUUGAAGGCUGAGCUUUAAUUUACAUACUAGCUUGAAUUUGUAAGUAUAAAUAUAGUCGUGCUUUAGCUUUCUUUUGUAAGUGUAUUCAUGUCACUGUCAGCAUAUCAAUAUCUACUCGACAGUUUACGCUGACCAUGUGGAGUUCCUGCAAUUCAUUGCAUCAACUGAUCACUCGUUGUCCGUAGAGAUAUCAUGCUCAAUGAAGCGCCUCCCUGCGAACCAACUAUGAUCAGAGUAGGAAGACGUAGACUACUACAACUACUAGUCUUCAGUAUCUAUCAACAAAUUCAAUGAUCGGGGAUGAGCAUUAUUAUAUUGUUUUUCUUGUCGAAUAAUAAUAAUGCUACUGUUAGUGUUAGUGUUACUGACUUAUUAUAUCUAACAACAUUCAUAGUGUUACAUCAAAUUAAUACGCUUGCGCCUCAACAUCGAUUUGAAGUAAUCAGUUCUUGUUGUACAUUGAUUUGGUUCGAGUAGAUGCUCGUAGUGGCAUAUUUGGCAGUGGCGCACCGCGGCGACGACGCGAAGGAUCAGGAGAAGCAGCUAAAGAAGGGUACACAGGUAUCCUUUUGAAGCAUUGGCGCGACCUCCUCAAGACUGAGUGAAAAUAUCAAAAUUAUGUUCAUGACCAUAACAAAAAUGAU